GUCCUUGUGGGGGACGCGAGCAUGGCCGCCCUGCUGCGCCCCGCGCGCUGGCUGCUGGCCGCCCGGCCCGCCGCGCCCGCCGCGCGCCUGCCGCUGUCCCUGCGCCUGGGCCGGGCCGCCGGGGCGCUGCACACUCGCGCCCGGCUCGGCGCCCUCGCUGCGGAGAGGAGGCGCCUGCCACAGGAGGAGCCCGCCAGCCCGCCCCGGAGGCCCGCCGGCCAGUUCGACUGGGCGCUCAUGAGACUCGACAACUCCGUCCGGAGAACGGGCCGCAUCCCCAGGUCACUCCUGCAGAAGGUCUUCAACUACACCUGCAGCGCGGGGACCCCCGGUGGCAGCCAGGCGCUGCUUCUCCUGCGCAGCUGUGGCUCGCUCCUGCCGGAACUGCAGCUCUCUGAGAGGACGGAGCUCGCCCACAAGAUCUGGGACAAGCUUCAGGAGUUGGGUGCUGUGUACGACGUGAGUCACUACAACGCCCUGCUGAAGGUCUACCUGCAGAACGAGCACAGGUUCUCGCCCACCGACUUCCUGGCCCGGAUGGAGAAGGCCGGCGUGCAGCCCAACAGGGUGACAUACCAGAGGCUGAUCGCAGCCUACUGCCACGCCGGGGACAUCCAGGGCGCCAGCACCAUCCUGGGCUUCAUGAAGACCAAGGACCUCCCGGUCACAGAGGCCGUGUUCAGCGCCCUUGUCACGGGCCAUGCCCGAGCUGGGGACAUGGAAAAUGCAGAGAACAUUCUCUCUGUGAUGAGGGAGGCUGGGAUUGAGCCGGGGCCGGACACGUACCUGGCUUUACUGAGCGCAUACGCAGAGAAGGGCGAUAUCGACCGAGUGAAGCAGACCCUGGAGAAAGUGGAGCAGUCCGACCUCUACCUCAUGGACCGCGACUUGCUGCAGCUGGUCUUCAGCUUCAGCAAAGCUGGUCACGUGCAGCACGUCUCCGAGAUCCUGAGCAAGGUCACGUACGAGAGGAGAUACAUUCCAGACGCAAUGAACCUCAUCCUGCUCUUAGUCACUGAGAAGCUGGAGGACACGGCCCUGCAGGUGCUGCUGGCCUGUCCCAUCUCCAGGGAGGACAGUGGGAGCGACUUCGGCAGCUUCUUUCUUCGGCACUGCGUGGCCAUGGACACGCCUGCGGAGAAGCUGCAGCACUACUGCCGGAAGCUGAAGGAGGCCCAGAUGCACUCCUCGGCCCUGCAGUUCACGCUCUACUGCGCGCUCGCCGCCAACAAGCUCGGUCUGGCGAAGACUCUGAUGAAGGCCCUGAAGGAGGACGGCUUUCCUCUCAGAGCUCACUACUUCUGGCCCUUGCUUGUUGCACACCAAAAGGAGAAGAAUGUCCAAGGCGUCGUUGAGGUCCUCCGGCUGAUGCAGGAGCUGGGAGUGAGCCCCGACCAGGAGACCUACGUCAGCUACGUGUUCCCGGCAUUCGAGAGCGUGGCCAGGGCCCGCACCGUGCUGCAGGAGAGCGGCUGUCUGCCCGACCUCGCCGUCUUCUCUCUGGCGGAGCUGCGGAGUGAAGCUGCUAGCGGGAACCUCGACUUGGUUCUGUCGUUCUUGAAGUCGAACACGCAGCCUCUGUCCCUCGCCGCCCUGAAGGGCAGCCUGAUCCUGGGCUUCCGGAGGUCUGUGAAUGUCGAACUCUGGAGCAAGAUCACAGAGCUGCUGUACCACGAUGGCCGUUACUGCCAGGACCCUCCGGGACCCAUGGAGGCUGUUGGCUACUUCCUUUAUAGCUUGAUUGACAGCAUGAGUGACUCAGAGGUACAGGCCGAGGAGGCGCGUUUGAGACAAUACUUCCAUCAGCUGAAGGAGAUGAAUGUGAAAAUCCCUGAGAAUAUCUACAGAGGCAUCCGCAACGUGCUGGAUAGCCGCCACGCUCCCGAGUUGAUCAAGGAUGUUAUUGUGUUGGUUGAAAGAGAGAAGAUUGACUCCCGAAAAACCGCGCAGCGCCUGACAUCAUCUGACUUGGAGGCGACGCUGGAAAAACUGAAAGCUGAAAACCAGCCUGUAGGCGAGGCCCUGAGGCAGCUCAUCCUGACUCUCUGCUCAGAAGAGAACAUGCAGAAGGCUCUCGAGCUGAAAGCCAAGUACGAGUCAGACAUGAGUGCCGGCGGCUACGCGGCCCUCAUCAGCCUGUGCUGUCGCCACGAUGACGCAGAGGCGGCCCUGAGCCUGAAGCACGAGCUGGACCGCUUAGACUCGUCCGCUGUCCUGGACACCAGCAAGUACGUGGCCCUCGUCAGAGUCCUGGGGAAACACGGCCGGCUCCCGGAUGCUAUUAACAUUCUCCGGGAGAUGAAAGAGAAAGACGUUCCCAUCCGGGAGGCCUCGGUGCUGUCCUUCUUCCACAUCCUCAACGGUGCGGCCCUGCGCGGCGAGGCAGACACCGUAAAGCAGCUGCUCGAGGCCAUCGUGACCCUGGGGCUGGCCAAGCCGACCACCUCCCUCACCUCCCCGCUGGUCACGCUCUACCUGCAGAAGGAGGACCUGCCGGCCGCCCUGGACGUCGUCAUGGACUGCUACCGGAAGUACAAGGCCUUGCCGCGGAUGCACGACGUGCUGUGCCGGCUGAUCGAGAAAGGCGAGACCGAGCUCAUUCACAAAGCCAUGGACUUCGUGAGCCAAGAGCAGGGAGAAAUGACCAUGCUCUACGACCUGUUCUUCGCCUUCCUGCAGACGGGGAACGACAAGGAAGCCAAGAAGAUCAUCGAGACUCCAGGCAUCCGGGCCCGCCCCACGAGGCUGCAGUGGUUCUGUGAUCGAUGCAUCGUAAACAAUCAGGUGGAAACUCUGGAGAAACUAGUGGAACUGACGCAGAAGCUGUUUGAAUGUGACAGGGACGAGAUGUACUUCAACCUGCUGAAGCUGUACAAAGUAAAUGGUGACUGGCAAAAGGCUGAUGCCGUCUGGAAUAAGAUGCAGGAGGAGAACGUCAUUCCCCGUGCGAAGACGUUGCGGUUGUUAGCCGAAAUCCUCAGGAACAGUAACCAGGAGGUCCCGUUCGACGUGCCCGAGCUGUGGUACGAGAACGAGAAGGAUGCCCCCGCCCAGGCGGCCCCGGCUCCAGCCAGACCCAGCCUCCAGGACGCGCUGCUGCUGGCCUGCCGGCAGAAGAAGAGCAAAGAGGCGUUCGAUGUCUUCCUGAAAGCGGAGAAGCAGAACGUCGUGCUGAGCAGUGACGCCUACAGUCGCCUCCUGAACCUGCUCCUGUCCAGAGACGGUGGCCUGGAGCAGGCCCUGCAGGUGAAGAAGGCUGCCGAGACCCACAUCAAGGGCUUCACACUGAACGAGGCUGCCAACAGCCUCCUCAUCAUCGCGCAAGUUAGGCGGGAUUAUUUGAAAGAGGCGAUGGCGACACUGAAGACGGCCUUCAGCCUGCAGCAGGUGCCCUCGCGCCUGGCGCUGACGCGCCUCAUCCAGGCAUGUGCCCUGAAGGGGGACCUCGGAAGCCUCCGGGAGAUCCAGAAGCUGGUCACGGGGCUGGAGGACUCCAUCGGCCUCUCGCACAUGGUCUUCAUCAAUAACGUCGCCUUGGCACAGAUAAAGAACAACGAGGUAGAUGCCGCCGUGGAGAGCAUCGAGGGCAUGCUGACAUCGGGGGACCCCGCCAUGGAGCCCCAGUUCUUUGGCCUGUCCUACUUGUUCCGAAAAUUGAUCGAGGAGCAGUUGGAACCAGCCUUGGAGCGAAUGAGCAUCAUGGCGGAGAGACUGGCCAAUCAGUUUGCAGUGUACAAGCCGGUCACUGACCUGUUCCUGCAGCUCGUGGAGUCGGGCAAGGUGGACGCGGCCAGGGCGCUCCUCCAGAGGUGCGGGGCGAUCGCCGAGCAGACGUCCAUCAUCUCCGUGUUCUGUGUGAGGAUGUCGCAGAGGCGGGGGAAGGCACCAGCUCUGAAGUCCCUGUCGGAAUUGAUUCCUGAGUUAAUGGACGCAGAGGAAGUGUACACGUCCUUCAUGAAGAGCUACGCCCUGGACGGGGACGGCGCAGCCGCGAAAGCCCUCUACGAGCGCCUGACGGCCAGGAACAAGCCCCUGAACCAGCUGUCCCUGAAGCGCUACGCGGUCCUGCUGCGAAGCCUGGGCGAGCCCGUCCCCUUCCCGGAGCCCCCGGAGAGCUUCGAGUUCUACGCGAAGCAGCUUCGGGAGUCAAAGGAAGCCCCGUGACCUGCCGCCGCCCGUCUGUCUGUCCGUGAUCUCGUGUGUGCAAUGUCGCUUUCUCUGUGCAAGAGGUGGAAUAAACCCCCAGGAGGA